CUAAAAGAAUUCGACAUGAUCCAAUAACGAGUAAAACACAGUAAUAAAUAAUCCUUUAAAAGAGCGUUUGAUAGAAAACCCAUGCUGAUUUAAUAUUAGCUAUGGACCUAAUAGAUCUGAUCGGCGACUCGAGGACUGAUAGUCUACCUCCAGGUUUUCUGCGCUCGAUUAAGAUUAAAUACAAGCAAGAGGCUUCGCAUGUGUUCCCGAAGGAUGCAGAAAAACAGAAGACCGCAGGCGAGCCAGCCGAUCGGGUUGGAUCUUCUUUAAGUGAUAAAUCAACACCGAGUUUUAUGGGAUGGCGUGUGCCGACAAGACUAGUUACCAGACCUGCUGCUCCAGUACCCAAGACACCGGCCUCUGUAUUAUCUUAUCAAGAUGAAAGGAAGAAGCUUAGUUCAAGAUUUUCUGGCAUGAGCUUGAGAUCUGCUGGUAGCCUGCACAAGCCUGUGAAUAAAACAGAACACUUGCCUCGACUCAGUUCAGUUGCUUCCUCGAGAAAAUCUGUAAUGGAGCAACCCAAACCAAACUUGCCGAAGUUGACUACAGAAGGGGAUGUUUUAGAAGGGCUAGAAAAGGAAGAAGCCAUGUCCCCACAAGGACGCAAAGUCAUCAGGAAGAUUCUGAAUGAGGCUGAUAAAGGUGCUGGAAGAACUUCUCUUUCCCAGAAAGCAAUAAGCUCUAAUGUAAUGGAUGCUGUUGACAAAUGGUUGGUUACUGCUACUGAUAAGGAACGUGAAGUAGCUCUCAAAUUCUUCUCCACUUUGGCUGGCGCAAAGGCAGAGUUUCUUAAAGAUCCUUCACAGAGAUACCACACCCAUACUGGUAACAACUGUCAGUACUGUGACGGCAAGAGGAUUGAUGAAGCACUUCAAACCCUUGCUAGAGGAGACAGUAUUGUUAUCAGAGGUAAGCAUGCCUACAACCCCAAAAGAGAACCAAACUUGGGUCACCAUUCUUACUACCACCUAGCCAAGCACAGGUUACCCACUAGGGUGCGUCGGGAGUACCAGACGUGGCAUCAUCUACCAGUGUAUGACUACUCUGACGGAGUGCCCAAUAAUAGUUCCAUGUUUACUCAGCCUCAUAAGCCAAUUGGAAGGCACUUUAGCAUUCAUCCUGAGUGGGGCCUUCAUGCCCGCAUUAAACAUGGUGCUUUUUGAGUUGGUGAAAGUGUAAUUUAAGGUAGUUUGUGGUGUUAAUAACUAAAUACUAAGUAAAUAUUGUCAAAAAAAUUUAGAAUGUGAUUGUUAAUGAGUUUCACUAUUUUUAUUAAAAUAUGUUCAAUAGUAAAAGAUCGAUCCUUCCAUGUUUAUAUUGACCAUUUUAUUUCAAGGCUUUGGGUGACUUACCUCAGGGCUUAACAAAAACAGCUGUUCAAGGGACAAUGUGUGGCCAGAAUUUGAGCUUGUCUAGUAAAAUCUUUGCCUCACUGGUCGUUUUGACCAGUAUGAUUGAGUCAGGAAUGAUGUAAGACUUCAUUUGGCCUGUCAUCCUGACCUAAGUCUGACCAGCCAUUACUAAACAGUAUUUUUAGCCAUGAGACUAGAAAGUCAAUAAGAAUAUAUACCAUCUUUUACCUAACUAUGUGCCAGCGAAAAAACUUGGAACAAAAGACAGAUCUUUUACUCUUCAAAUAAUGAUACUGAAUUAAGAAAACUCAAAAAGUUGUCUAUUCACAAGAUAAUUAACCUGUCUAUCAAAAUCAUUGUAAUAGAACUUAGCCGGAGGCAUAACACAUAACUAAUAGACCCUUUUAUAAUAACUAUUUUUUUAAAAAGACAUUGUAUACAAUACUAUUUCAAUCUAACUGUUGCUAUUUAUUAAAUGGAUUGAUUUGAGGUUUGAAUAAAAUUAGUGAUCCAAGAAUUUAUUUUUAAUUUAGACAAGCAAAUAGUGCCUAAAAGAAUGAAUUUUGACUGAAUUAAAGUUUAAAAAAGUACA